UUCACUGUCAGCGCGCGCAGUUACCGCCGCAUUCUGGUGCGUACGCGCAGCUAUUAGUAAACGGGAAAAACUCAAGAUGUCGUGGGCAUGCGAUCCAGCGAUCACCUCCACCGUACUGGACAGCUUCCAGGGCGUCGGUCCAAUGUUCGUGCAGAGUGUACAGACCUUCCUGGCAGCUCAGUGUGCGCUGACAGGCGACCACUUGUGGCCACCUGACGCUACGGACGCAGUGAUACAAGAUCCUGAAUACGACUUCAUAGUGGUUGGCUCGGGGUCAGCAGGCUCGGUGGUGGCAAAUCGGCUAAGCGAGGUGACAGGGUGGAAGGUGCUGCUCGUGGAGGCUGGUGGAAAUCCCACUAUCACCACUGAGGCUCCAUUGUUGUUCUACAACAAUUUGGAUAGCCCAGAAGAUUGGGGGUACCGAAUUCAGUCUCAAGGAGUUUGUAGAGGUUAUAAAGAAAACAGAUGCGCCUGGCCUAGGGGAAAGGUUCUAGGAGGCUGCAGCAGUAUCAAUGGAAUGUUCUACGUACGAGGCAACAAAGCUGACUACGACGAAUGGGCAGCAGCAGGCAACCUAGGGUGGAGCUACGAAGAAGUCUUUAAAUACUUCAAGAAAAGUCAAAACUUCACCAGCGAACUAACUGAAGAUAUAAAAGAAUAUCACGGCACUGGCGGCUACUUAAGCGUAGAAAAUGAUCCAAAUAUUCAUAUAUUUGAAGAAGCUAUACUAAAAGCUAACAAUGAACUCGGUUUCAAGACAUUAUCAGACGUCAACGGUGACUCACAAAUUGGAGUUGCUAAAGCAUUUUGUACAAUCAAAAAUGGGGUUCGACAAAGUACAGCACGUGCAUUUCUUAGCCCAAUCAAAGAUAGGAAAAACUUUCAUGUUAUCAAAAAUGCAUUAGCUACCAAAGUUUUGUUCAAACCCAACACAAACAUUGCAAGUGGAAUAGUUAUUCAUAAAAACGGAAAAGAAAUAACCGUAAAUGCUAAAAAGGAAGUAAUUCUUUCAGCGGGUGCUAUAAAUACGCCUCAAUUACUGAUGUUAUCUGGAAUCGGACCAUCUAAACAUUUACAAGAAUUAAAUAUUAACGUCAAAGCAGAUUUACCUGUUGGAGAAAAUUUACAAGACCACGUUUUCGUUCCGUUUUAUUUUUCGUUUCCAGGACCCAAAAAUUUGACCUCUAUAGAAAAUGUAGCGAAGCAAUUUAUCAGUUAUAUUACCGAACAAAAAGGAGCCUUUUCUAACAUCAGCCCACAUAGAAUUAUUGCUUUUUAUAAUACUGCAGAUGCAAGUUCCACCAUCCCUGAUGUACAAUUCCAUUUUCUCGUGUUUCCCCCAGGUUUAUUCAAGAUAGUUGACGUACUCGCCAAACAUAAAAUAAGCGAUGAAAUUCAAAAGCAAUAUCGAAAGAUAAACGAAGAUAAUUUCGUGAUGAUCAUUUAUGCAGUGUUAUUGAGACCUGAGUCGAAAGGUAAAAUUUUGCUUAAGAGCAAUGACCCAUAUGAACACCCAUUGAUUUACGCAAACUAUUUCGAGAAACAACAAGAUUUGCAGACGGUAAUGAGAGGAAUCAAAGAUCAUAUUUUAAGAUUUGGUGACACUCAAGUUUUCAAAAAUAUGGGGAUUAAAUCGAAUGUUUUAGAGUUAGAUGAAUGUCGAAAAUAUGCAAAAGAUUCAGAUGAUUUUGUAGAGUGUUACUCCAAACAGAUGACGUUUUCUUUAUACCACCCAAGUGGUACAGCUAAAAUGGGACCUUUACACGAGUCCUCUACGGUGGUAGACCCUGAACUUAGGGUGAAAAAUAUAGAGAGGUUAAGGGUAGCAGAUGCUAGUAUAAUGCCAAAUAUUGUUAGAGGUAAUACGAAUGCACCGACAAUAAUGAUAGGGGAAAAAUGCGCUGACAUGAUAAAACAAACUUGGUUACAAGGACAUACCGAAUUGUAAAUUGAAUUGUAAAUCGUGGUGCUGGUAACUAUUUUAAGACUGAAUAAAUGUACAUAUUUGA